GCCACCGUUCCGCUGCCGGACCAUAGAGAACAAUAGGAAACCUGCUGCUUGCCGCUGGCUAAUGUGAUCCCUGCCUAAGACCAAGCUUUAUGGUAAAUGAUGAUUAGCCAUCAUUACCUGUUUGGCCCAAAUGGGUUUGGCAGCAAUUAGAUUAUCUUUUUUAUUCAAACAACUUCUGAUUUACUCCGCUGAAGAAGGUCUGCUGACCGAAAGCUUGCGCAGAUUUGAGUAAAAACUUUUUUGCACAGACUAGAGUGUGUGGAUUUUUCUUCUAUCCUUUUUUUCUUCUAUCCAUUCAAAUAUCUUCUGAAAUAUGAUCUCACUUUCUACCACUGAUUUUUAAAAUCUAAAAUCGAUCUAUGGAUUACUAUCCGUCAAUACUGUGAUAACUGGGCAAAAUCUGUGGAAUGUGGAAAAACAGAAAAUCAAGAUAUAUACUCUUUCAUAUCAAGGCGUACUGUAGAUAUGCCACUUGAUGGAAUAAAUCAUGAUAAUGUCCCUAGUAGGUGUGCUAAAUUUCAGAACUUGUUUUAUAGGCAUUAUAGACUCCAAUGACAGAAGAGGAAGGAAAAUAAUAAUCCUAAUAUAUGAAAAGUAAGAAACACAAUGGGUUCCUACUCAGCUUGGCUGUUUAGCCCACAAUAUAUGCAAAUGUAGGCAGUCACAAUUAGGUGUGUAGGCAGCAUCACUGCUUGUCCCUUAAUAUUGUUGUCCCCAACUUGUCCCCAAUACAAUUCUUUGCUAAGCAGGUUCACUGCUUGGCCCCCAAUAAUAUGCAUUGAAACACAGUGUCCCUAACUAGCUUUGCUUCAUGGUCCCUAAAUAGAGAAGGUAGAGACACAAUAAUUAUCUAGCCUACGUAGGUCUUGGUGGCAACUUUGACCAAGUUAUUACAAUAUUGGAAAAGUAUUACAUGAUUGGGUUCUGAAAAAAUAAAGUUAAACCCAAUAAUGUAAAAAACUCCCAUUAAUGUAAUAAGACAUUGUAAUACAUUAUUGGGAUAUUAUUGCAUUAUCAGGUGUUAUUACAUUUUUGAUGGAGUUAGGAGACUUCUAUUACAUCUUUUGUCUUGUGUGUCAUUUAUUAUUUUGAAAAUUUGUUUGUCAUGUCUUGGUGUCACGGGUAGGCCCCCGACUGGCAUCUUUUGUCCUGUGUGUCAAUGUCUUGUAUGUGGAGCGCUUUGGGUUGCACUCUGCAUACAAAAAUGUGCUAUAUAGGCCCUAAAUAAAAGUGACUUGACUUGAAAUCAUUGGGAGUUAGGUCUAUUACAUUAUUGGGAAGUUAUUACAUCAUUGGGUUCUAGGCUUUGGAAAAGGUCAGACAAGCUCUAAAUGUUUGUGCACUGUAAGACUACUUCUUUAACAGUAUUCUGAAAUUAGGCUAUGUGCCUUUGUGGUAAAACUCAGCCCCUCGCCUAGUGGUGGCAGGCAGGAGGCCCUCACAACAGUAGCCUAACCAGCAUUAUUAUUUGGGGGGGUCCAACCAAGUGUAUUUUUUCAUAGCCACCAACAUUUCUAUAUGUUUCACUGGCUGGCCAUGUGUAACCUUCUGACAUGUUGCCUAGUUUAUGUGUAAACGGCAUUUUACGUGUUAGAGUGUAUUAUUUCAUGAGCUCCAAUGGCAUUGCCUGCAAUAUUAGAACUAUAAGUUACACUACUGUGUGCAACUAGCCAGCCUCUUAUGACUGCAUUUUCCAGUCUAUUCUAACCCUGGCAGACUGUUCUUCUGUUUCCUUACAACCAAACCUCUGGAAAACCCCAGAAGGCGGGUUUCUGAAAAUUGACAUGGACAUUGGCCAUCCCACAUCUAUAACGCCUUUUGAUUUGCCAAUGAUGAAGCACGUAGUAUCCGCAAAUGUCAGUGUAGCAUGGCGUCGUAACUCUCCUUGUAAAUAAACUGAAAUUGGUUCUAAAUUAUUUAACACCUUGCUGUCUUGUAUUCACUUGUCGACCGUCAGUAGAAUGGCCAUGUAACUAGCCUUGGACAGUCAACAAGCUGUCGUCGAAGUGCAUAUUAAAGAACUUAAGAAAAUAAACAGUACAAUUUUGGUCUAAAUUCGACUGCAUGGGCGAGCCAGCCAGCCAGCCAGUCGAGUACCAGUCGAGCUUUGAAGCAGUGAGUGAAACGACCAAGGCUGGCUUGUGGAUUUGACAGAAGCGAGUCCACAGUGGAACACUUUUGGUAACGUUAGCGUCUCCUGUGAGAUGUCAUCUGAAAUAAGCAGGUCCUGAUCGGUGGGCUCCUGCGAUUUCCCCCUGUAGACAUGCGAGCGUCCAGGUGAAGGGUCAUGACUGGAGUCCUUGGCACAGAUCCUGUGACUGCCCCACUGGUGUAGCCCCCAACCUCCUCGUGUUUGUGUCUGUCUCGCCCUCACCCCUCGCUCCCUGUGCUAUGCCCCAGCCACCCCGCCCUCAGCCAUGAGUUCGGCCCUGUGGAGCCAGGAGAAGCCCGGGGGCGGCAGCGGCGGGGGCUGCUUCCGGGAGGACUGGCGCUUCUACAUGGUGGUGACGGAGUGCGUGGUGGAGAAGCCGCCGCAGAAGACGCUGCGCAUCCCCCGCGGCAGCCUGGGCCAGGCCUGCCAGGAGCGCAACAGCCUGGGCCGCACGCUGCCGCCGGCCAAGGGCAAGCGGAGCCUGCGGCUGCUGGACCAGGCCAACGUGGUGCUGAGCCUGGACGAGCGUGACGUGGCCGAGCUGGACGAGAAGCUGGCCGAGCUGCUCUUCCCCAUCACCAACUGCGAGGAGCGCUACAGCCUGCUGUGCAACGAGCCGCGGCUGGAGCGCGCCCGUCAGAUCGACUGUGGCUCCAAGGUGCGCGUGCAGCUGCGUUCAGGCGAUGACCCUCUGCCCGGCGUGGUGCGCUUCAAGGGGUCACUGCUCCCGGACCGGGCCCUCUCCGGCAUCUGGUUCGGUGUUGAGCUACUGGAGGAGGGCCGAGGCCAGGGCUUCACGGAGGGCUCGUACCAGGGCCAGCAGCUGUUCCGCUGCGAGGACGAGUGUGGCGUGUUCGUGGCCGUGGACAAGCUGGAGCUGUGGGAGGACGAGGACGACGAGCUGGGCGAGCUGGAGGUGGACUCGGUCACGCUGGUCGACAGCGAGCACGACUUCCCGCCGCUGGAGAUCAACUCGCGCGUGCUGGUGCAGACCCGCGAGGGGCCCGAGCGCGGCACCAUCAUCUUCUAUGACCUGUUGCCCGGCAACGAGAGCCUGGGCUUCUACGUAGGGGUGGACAUGGACAAUCCCAUUGGGGACUGGGACGGCGUUUUUGACGGGAAGCUGCUGUGUAGCUUUGCCAGCCUCGAGCACACCCGCCUCGUGCCCGUCUGUGACGUGAUGCCAGAGUACUCCAUGCAGGACCAGAGGCCCCCCAAGCACAGCUUUGCCUCUAGAGGCAGCAGCAGUGACAAGUCCUCUGGCCAGAGCAAACCAAAGAGCAAAGGAUUAGGUCUUCAGUGUGGGAGUAGGAGCAAGUCUGAGUUUUAUUACACUUUAAAUGGCAGUUCUAUUGAUCACCCAGCCCAGUCCAAAUCCAAAAGCACAUGGUACAUUGAUGAAGCGUCAUGCAGCUGUCUGCUGGGAGAGGACCCUGCCAAGUCCCUCACGGACACUCCCCCCGACUUCAAUCAGGCGUCUCCGCCGUCCCGCGCCGUCCCGCCCUCCACCUCGCUGACCAGCGACCAGAAGUUCCACUCGCUGCCCUUCAGCCUGAGCCGCAAGAGCGGCCCCAACGGCAGCAUGAGCCAGGGCCCUCUCUCGCUGUCCGUGCAGUCGGUCAGGGCCGACCAGCCCGACCUGCAGCAGGGCCAGCAGCAGCAGGGCCAGCAGCCGCCGCCGCCGCAGCCCACGGCAACCGCCGUCUCCCCCAGACAGCCGUCGUCGCCGCCGCCGCGGGGGCACCUGCGCCUGGAGGUGGGCUCGCUGGUGGAGGUGAAGGAGAAUCCACCGCUCUGCGGAGUCAUCCGUUGGGUGGGGCUGCCCCCGGGGCUGGAGGAGCACCUGGCAGGCCUGGAGCUGGAGGAGGAGUGUGUGGGCUGCACGGACGGCACGUUCAAGGGCACCCGCUACUUCACCUGCCCGCCCAAGAAGGCCCUGUUCGUCAAGCUCAAGUGCUGUCGGCCCGACUCACGCUUCCCCUCGCUGCACCACUCCGCCAACCCCAUCGAACGCUGCAACUCCAUCGCCUUUGGAGGGUACCUGAGCGAGGUGGUGCAUGAGAACACCCCUCCGCGCACAGAGAACGACGGGCUGGAGGUGAUGGUGGGCAAGAAGAAAGGCAUCCAAGGCCACUACAACUCCUGCUACCUGGACUCCACCCUCUUCUGUCUGUUUUCUUUCAGCUCUGUUUUGGAUACAGUACUGCUGAGGCCUCGGGCCAAAACUGAUGUUGAGUAUUACAAGGAGACACAGGAGCUGCUGCGCACAGAGAUCGUCAACCCGCUACGCAUACACGGCUAUGUGUGUGCAACUAAAAUAAUGAAGCUAAGAAGAAUCCUGGAGAAGGUGGAGGCUGCCUCUGGCUUCACCUCGGAAGAGAAAGAUCCUGAGGAAUUCCUGAACAUCCUGUUCCAUCACAUCCUGAGAGUAGACCCUUUGCUGAAGCUGCGGUCAGCCGGGCAAAAGGUCCAGGACUGCUACUUCUACCAGAUCUUCAUGGACAAGAAGGAUAAAGUGUUAGUGCCCACAAGCCAGCAGCUUUUAGAGUGGUCCUUCAUCAACAGCGAUCUCAAAUUCGCUGAGGCUCCCUCCUGCCUUAUAAUACAGAUGCCUCGCUUUGGGAAGGACUUCAAAAUGUUCAACAAGAUCUUCCCCUCUCUCGAGCUCGACAUCACAGACUUACUUGAAGACACUCCUAGGGAGUGCCGCAUCUGUGGGGGUCUGGCCCUAUACGAGUGCAGAGACUGUUACGAGGACGGUGACAUCACAGCUGGGAAAAUCAAGCAGUUCUGUGAAAAGUGCAAUACCCAGGUCCACCUCCACCCACGGCGGAAGUCCCACCGGCACGGGAAGCUGUCCGUGCCCAAGGAACUGCAGGAGAGCGUGUGGCGUCAGGGCAGCUUCCCCCACCAGCGGAUGGAGCUGUUCGCCGUGCUCUGCAUCGAGACCAGCCACUACGUGGCGUUCGUCAAGUACGGCGCCGCCGACUCCGCCUGGCUCUUCUUCGACAGCAUGGCCGACCGGGAUGGGGGCCAGAACGGAUUUAACAUCCCCCAGGUGUCGCCGUGUCCGGAGGUGGGGGCGUACCUGAAGAUGACCCCCGAGGAGCUGCACGCACUGGACCCCAAGAACAUCCAGGGCUACGCCCGCCGCCUGCUGUGUGACGCCUACAUGUGCAUGUACCAGAGUCCCACCAUGAGCCUGUACAAAUGAAGAUAUCCCACAUGUGUACACACACACACACACACAAACCCACUGACACAAACCAAACUGAGGAAAAAGGAUGGGGGGGGGGGGGGGGGGUUGAACAUGGAGCGUUGCCCAUGAAACUGACAUUUCCCCCUCCCUCUGCCUCCUCCUCUCCUCCCCCCUCCCCAAAAAAUAAAAGAGAUACUCCUCCCAUCAAUGCCUUGCCUGCAUCGCUGUCUGUGUGAAGAUGAAGAUGAGAUAGAUGGAGAGGGUGCGGAGGGGUAAGAGGAAGAAGAGGAUGAUGUCGACUACGAUGAAGAGGAGGAAGAAGAAGAAGCCUAUUUGCACUGUGUGUUUUGUUGAAGUGUUCUUCUCUUCGUGUUUUCCCUCCCAUGAGUAAACACAAGUCACCCCAGUGGACAGACAAUUUCUCCAGUGCCGGAAGGGUGCAGGGCUGAGUGCUCAUCCUCAGAGAAGUGUGUGUGUGGGGGGGGGGGGGGGGGGGGGGGUUGGGGGUAGGAGGGGAGCUGAUGAAUAUUCACUGGGAUCGGUGGGAGACAGCAGGGGGAUGUGAUCGUCUCAGGUGACUGCAGCGUCUGAUACCCGAACGAGACUUGGUAACUGGAGCUCGGCGGCCUCCUCUCUCAGACCCAAAGGAAAUAGACGGAGUCCUGGCUCUCUCCAGCAGAGGACAAGACGACAUCUCUCUCUCUCUCUCUCUCUCUCUCUGUCUCUCUCUCAUCUUGUAACCGAACCAACGCAGAAAUAACGCUCAUGUCAGCGUGAAGCAGACUCUGCACUGUUCGACUCAAUAGCCCCAUUGUAGAACAGACGUCUCAGUACCGCGCUCAGCUGUAAUACGUACACUGUACACGAACCAUCUCUGCAUAUUAUGUCCAAACCUUGGCGCUGCAAGUAGUGUGGACAUGGGUUUUUUUGGCAGUUGGUCUCAUUCCCAUGUUUGCUGUGAUUUUUGUUUUUUUUCCCCCUUUCUCUGUCCAGUGUAAUGCACUAUGUUGCUUUAGACGUCACAUUGUUAAUUUGGCUACAAUUUGCAUUGUAAUGUUAAGCUUCUGCAACUCUUUUUUUUUUUUUUUUUUUUUUUUUUUUGGAUUCGACCGGAUAGCACAAGAGUAAAGCACAGCCUUUUUGGAUGUAACAGCUUGAUUUUAUGUGUAAUUUUCAAUUUAGGGGGGAAAAAAAACAAACAGCUUUCCCACACAAGCUUUCUAUGUGUUGGAGACAAACUAAAAUGAAUUUAUCGUGGUAAUACCCACUACUACCAAUAUGCAUUCUAGAAUUACUGUAAUCCCAUGUUUACAGGUAUUGCUCCUGAACAUGCAUUGGUGGAAAAAAAUGCAAAAGUCUGCCUUUUCCGACCUAGUCAUUGCACUGAACUUUCUUUUAAGAGUUAAAAAUAUAUAUAUAUAUACUUAACUAAGAUAUAUAAGAUCAUGGAGGCAUGAAAAACGAAUUAAAUUACACACAAUGGAUGGAAUUAGUGCAGGUACUUACCAAACCAAGAAAUGCUCAGCUACACCAUCAUUAAAUGAAUAAAAUUCGACUGCCUUUUGGAUCUUGUUCUGAGAUUAUAUUCAUUCACAGAAGAGAAAUCGCAGAGCAACAAUACUUUACACUGAGUUAUGGCAGUGCUACUGAGCUGGGAGACCUCUGAUGUCCCUCUGAACUGGAGAAAAUUAAGUUGUAUUGGUGGUCCAUGAGUCAGGAAAAGGUUGUGAGUCGCACGUAUGUGGUGUCCCCAAAAAGACCUGUCAUGAUGUACUGAACACAGGUCUUCACUUAAUGGGAUAGUCCGUGUGUUUAAAUAAUUGCUUUCUGUGUCGUGUUCCUAAUGUAUGCGACAGACUUAUGAGAGUUUUGAAAACAUGGAAGAUGGACAAUGAAUUUGGGAAUCUGUCACAUAAGCAGAAUGGGAUUUAAUAUUUCUGUGCUGUUCUCCUAAGUGUUAACUAAAUUAAAAUCCUUGUUUUGAAAACA